AGUAAGGGACCUGUUUUUCCUUGGCUCCGCAGAUCUCGCAGUAUGAAAGAGGUGAAGAGCGAGCGGGAGCGGGGGAGCCGGCGAAGGCACCGGGACGAGGAUAUGGUGGCGGCGCCGGCGGCGGUGGUGGUGAAGCAGGAGCGCCUCAGCCCGGAAUCCGCGCCUCCAGUCCACCGUCGCCCGGACACCUCCGGCGGUAGCCCGUCCCCGCCGGCCGGCGAGUCGGGCCGCCCGAGUCACCGCGGGAACCGAGCCCGGGGAGGUAGCCGGUCCCCAGCCAAAAAGAAAAACAAGUCCUCAGGGAGAAGAAGCAAGUCUCCCCGGAGUAAGAGAAGCCGAAGUCCUCACCAUUCUACUGUCAAAGUGAAGCAGGAACGUGAGGAUCAUCCCCGGAGAGGCCGGGAGGAUCGGCCGCACCGAGAACCCAUGGGACAGGAACACAAGCGCGCUCGAAACAGUGACCGAGACAGACACCGCGGCCACUCCCACCAGAGGAGGAGCUCGGCCGAGAGGCCAGGCAGCGGGCAGCCUCAGGGCCGGGAUCGAGACGCCCAGAACCUGCAGGCGCAGGAAGCCGAGCGGGAGUUUCACGACGCCCGGCGCCGGGAGCAGCGCCUGAAGAGCGAAGCCGGCGGUAACGCGUCUCAGGACUCGCUGCCUCGGCCUGGGCCCGGCGGCGGCAGCAAAGACAAAGAAGUGCCCGUUAAAGAGAAGCCAAGCUUCGAACUUUCUGGGGCGCUUCUUGAGGACACCAACACCUUUCGGGGUGUAGUCAUUAAAUACAGCGAGCCCCCGGAAGCACGUAUCCCCAAAAAGCGGUGGCGUCUCUACCCCUUUAAAAAUGACGAGGUGCUUCCAGUGAUGUACAUCCACCGACAGAGCGCUUACCUCCUGGGUCGACACCGCCGCAUCGCAGACAUUCCCAUCGAUCACCCCUCCUGCUCGAAGCAGCACGCUGUCUUUCAGUACAGGCUUGUGGAAUAUACCCGUGCUGAUGGGACAGUUGGCCGCAGAGUGAAGCCCUACAUCAUUGACCUUGGCUCAGGCAAUGGAACGUUCCUGAAUAACAAACGGAUUGAGCCACAGAGAUACUACGAACUGAAGGAAAAGGAUGUCCUUAAAUUUGGGUUCAGCAGCAGAGAGUAUGUUCUGCUCCAUGAGUCCUCUGACACCUCUGAAGUAGACAGGAAAGAAGACGAGGAUGACGAGGAGGAGGAGGAAGUAUCUGAUAGCUAGCAAACUGAAAAACAACCCAAACUCUCGAGAGACCUUUUCUUUCUGCGAAGGCUUUGGGAUUGACUCACAGGGCACCGCGGUGCUCUCUGUAACGCCUCUUAUUGCCUUAAGUCUUUCUUCUGUUGCUGACCAGCUUACGUUUCAGUGUAAGAAAACUAACUUACGUUUGGUUGAACUUUUCUCUGUGGCACAUCAGCCACGUGCCUGUGGGCAUUUGUUUUCCCAACAGUCUCACCGACACAUCAUGUUUUAAUAGAAGCAUCGUGGCUUGAGUUGGUGUUUUCAGAACUGCUGCCUAGGAAACUAUAAACCCUUGGUUACAGGGGCAUUGUGGCUUGUUUUUUUUUGUACAGUUACUUUAUUUAUAUAGUUGUUAAGCUUUGUGGACCGGGUUUGUUUUUGUCUUGGGGGUAGACCCCUGAACAGAGAAUCUUACUAAGCUUUGGUUAUCACCAAAACAGCCUCCAGAAUAUACCAAAGCUUUGACCUGGUUGAGCUCUUGAGUCACAGAAAUUGAUUUUGCACUUCGUUGGUGGGGGGUAGGGGUGUGAUUUACCUCAUGACCUCGUUAUUGACUUUUGGACUUUAUGGCGCCUGCUUAAGCUUAUGGCUGUACAGGAAGAUGACGGCCACUGCCAGUGGGUGCUGGUUACGUGUCACGAGAGGCUGAAAUGGGUCGUGGGUCUGUUUCCUGUGAGAGAACUCUGAUUUCUCCCUGGGGCAUGUACAGAACAAUUUUGAUCAUCUUAUCUGUUCUUCAACUUUGCAUUUUUAUUUAGAGAUUAUCUCCAUUCUUCCUUCUUUGAGAAACACACUAUCAUUUAUGUGGCAGGGUCCUUGCUUUAUUCUAACAACGUACAUAUGUCAAAAGAACGUUUUGUGGUUUACAUGUUUCAUCUUUUUAAAAAAACGUUCAGAGAGGUUGUAUUUACCUUCCCAAGGCUGGAAAGCAUGGGAAUUGCCCGAUUUCCUAAUUUUCCACCAGAGGAACAUGUGUAAGUAGAAAAGUCAUAACUACUUACGUCUAUUGUGUGUAUAUAUAUAUGUAUAUAUUUAAAAAAUUGUGUGUGAAAGAGCUGCAUACUGAUUUUCCUAUGAGAAUGUUUUGUGAUGUAAAUGUCAUACUACAUUAUAGGCAAAGGCCUCCCUGCAUUUGAAGAGCAGGUUUUCAUUUAUAUGUAUUUUU